AUGGACAUCGUGGGGUCGCUGCAUCUGUCCCAGGGUGUUUCACACCUGCUGACGGUGGUGGACCGUUUAACGCGGUGGCCGGAGGCCAUCCCGCUCAUGGACACUUCUGACCAAUCAUGUGCUCACGCACCUGUGGCCAAUUGGAUUGCGCGCUUCAGGGUGCCACUGGAUAUCACCUCUGACCAGGGUGCCCAGUUCACAUCCGAACUGUGGUCUGCAAUCGGCCGCCUGCUGGGGACUCAGCUCCAGCAUUUGACAGCAUACCAUAUCCAGUCGAAUGAGUUAGUGGAGCGGUUCCACCGCCAUCUCAAAGGCGCCUUCAAGGCUCACCUCACGUGCCCCAGAAUGGAUGGACGAGUUGCCGUUUGUCCUACUGGGAAUUCGGACAGCCCUGAAGACGAUUUGUUAUCAUCCUCGGCGGAGUUGGUUUAUGGCCCUCCACUCACCAUCCCCGUGGGAUUUAUACCGGCCGCUGAUGGGUCCCGGGAUCCCGCCGUCAUCUGUGCUGGUGUGACGUGGGAGAGGGUCAGCGCCCUGUCUCCCAUCCCGACCUCUCGUCAUGUGCCACCAGCACUCGCGGACAGUUUGUACGUCUUUCUACGCUGCAACGCCCACAGGUCAUCCUUACAGCGCCCAUAUGAGGGUCCAUUUUACGUGCUGCAGCACGACGUUUGUUUUGGACAUGGGUGGUCUGCAAGAAACUGUGUCUGUAGCGCGACUGAAGUCGGCCCAUAUGGACCUGAGAGAGCCAGUACAGGUGGCUCAACCUCGCCGUCAGGGGGCGUCCGCCGUCCCGGGUUUCCACGGAUUUUCCCAAACUGCACAGUUCCCUUGUGCGUGGGGAUGUAUUUACGAGGUCUGGCCACCUAA